ACGUCUCACAGCCUCGUGGGUUUUCACAAGUCUCCACAGCCAACCCUUUCCCUUUGACGGGACAGGCUUAAAUGUCAUGCACUGCCGGCUGGUGUCUUCAAAAGGUCACGGUCCAACUCCAACUAGUGCUAGUGGUCUUCAACACAGGCGGCCCGUUUUCUUUUUCGUCCUUGUCAAGUUCAGAGUCCAACAAUUCUUACCAGGCAUCCACUGAUCGUUUCUAUUCCUGGGCGCGACACAUCACGCCUCCAUCAGCAGCCCAUUCGACACAUUUAAGAACCCAACCCGGCACCCGACCGAAUCGCUCCGAAUAUGGACGACGCAGAACGUCGGAGCGCGAAGCGCUCUCGCUUUGACCAGACCGAGCCUGAACCCAAAAGAGUAUCACGCUUCGACCGCCGGUCUCGUUCUCCUCCCGCGAGGAAGUCGGACUCCGGCCGGGAUCGCGACCGCAGCCCUCUUUCCAAACCCCGUGAUAGCGCGACUCCCGAUUCCACAAAGCCAGCAGUUGACCCUGCUGCUGCCGCUGCUGCCGCUGCCGCCCGUAUUCAAGCCCAGCUACAGGCUCGGAAAGGAAUCCAACAUGUCGAUGUCCCACCCGUUCGAUCUGCCGGUACCAGAGAGGGCAGCGUCCCCGCGAAUAUCAAUGGAGAGAUGUACAUUUCCGAUGGAGACUUCAUCAAGGAUAUCGAGGUCAACGAUCUCCGUAACAGAUAUCUCUUGACAAAGGGUUCGACCCAGAAAAUGAUCAAAGAUGAGACUGGUGCCGAUGUCACCACUCGCGGUAGCUACUACCCCGACAAGAGCAUGGCGACACCUGCGAACCCUCCGCUGUAUUUGCAUGUCACGAGCACGACCAAGGAAGGUUUGGAAAAGGCCGUCGCCAAAAUCGAAGAAAUGAUGAAACAGGAACUUCCUCAACUCGUUGACGAACGUCGGUUCCGCCGCAGGGACCAGGAACAAGUCGAACGUGAUGAAUACGGUCGUCGCAAAUGGCCGGAAGAGAGAAUCCCCAUCAAUCUUGAACCCGUCCCAGGAUUCAACCUCCGCGCCCAGGUGGUUGGUCAUGGUGGCGCUUACGUCAAGCAUAUCCAACAGGAGACUGGCUGCCGAGUCCAAAUCAAGGGCCGUGGCUCCGGUUACAUCGAGGCAUCAACAGGCCGCGAGAGUGACGACGACAUGUAUCUGCAUGUCGCUGGUCCCGAUCCUAAGAUGGUAGAGAAAGCCAAGGAGCUUUGCGAGGAUCUGAUGGAGAACGUCAAACAACAGUAUGAAGAGUUCAAGAGUCGUCCGCCCCGCCAGUACAACGGUCCUAGGGAUUACCGUGAUCGGGAGCGGGAGCCCAGAGGUGGCGACUCUUACCAUGGGCGGGGCUACAACAACAACAACAGCAACAACAACAACCACAGAGAUCACCAUCAUGGCGGGCACCACGACAACAGCCAUCACAGCAGCUACACCAACUCGCCUGCUCCUGGUGGUGGCCCUUCGGUCGCGCCCCCUACUCCCACGGCUCCUGCAGCGGCCACGACGGAUUAUGCUGCCCAAUAUGCCCAAUACUACGGCGGCGCUGCCGCUACUGACCCUUAUGCUGCAGCUGGUGCGGCUGACCCAUACGCCGCAUAUGGUGGCUAUCAAGCCUACGUCCAACUGUAUCAACAAUGGUAUGCCGCUCAGGCUGGACAGGUAACUCCUGCUGCUGCGGCUACUGGUGUCCCCGGUGCCCCCGGUGCUUCGGCAUCUCCUCCACCACCGCCUCCUACUGAAGCAGCCCCCCCUCCGCCUCCUCCCCCAUCGUCUGCUGCCCCUCCCCCACCUCCGCCCGGCGCUCCUCCCGGAAUGUCUGGUGGCUAUAGCGCGGUCCCCCCGCCCCCUGGCCUCUGAAAAUGGCACGUUGACGACAUUAGCAGCUUAGAAAGCCAGCGAGUGCUUAGGCUUAGUGGUUAGCCUUACAUUCUCUUACAGCUGAUGCUUCGGCAGGGAUACGAAUUCCAAAGAAGAUAAAAAGAAAUUGGCUUAAGCCAAGGGUAAAGAUUGUUUUCCAUUGUUCAGGAUUAUCUCAUCACACUAGGCUGCUGCCCAGACGAGGGUCGAUUAAUCUUAUAGAACAUGACGAAGUGGUGGCACACUGACUCAUUACAAUAGCGACGCAGUCCCCGAUGAGUGAUGUGGAUAGGGGAGGCAAUGUAAGACGUCUACAAACGCUUUAUUUUUCUGUGACGUUUUGCCAACAAUGCUGCACAGGUUUCUCUCUUUUCGGUAUGUUAUGAGCGCAUGGUAGGACUUGUUGGUUUUAGAGAUGCUGCUGUUAUUGAAGUCUAGGUCCAGAAGUAGCGAAGAGUCUGAGCCGGACGCUUGAUCAGGUAGGUAGAUGUUUGAUUCGUUUACUAAAACGAUGUGCACAGUCAACAUCCCUCGACCUUGUUGGUACACUCGGUCGGCCUUUCAUAUCCAUGCUUGCGCUUCAAUAUCUCUUUAUCAAAGCUUCUCAGGUUCUCUUCACGCAAAUGUCUACGGUCAAGAGGGGGUAGCAAAGCUCUAGCAGGGAAUAGUCAUCACACAAGAAGAAAAAUAGGAGAACUAGAGAAUACAUGUUGUUUAGACCACUGGUUGAAUUGCCGCCAUUGUGAAC